CACCCGGGGACCCGCUCGGUGGGCGCAGCAGCCGCUUCCACGCGCCUCCCGCUUUCUCCUCUGUCAGGAUCCCGCGCCCGUCCGCAAACGAUGCCCCGUUACGAGCUGGCUUUGAUCCUGAAAGCCAUGCAAAGGGGUUGGUACAGUAGGCCUCACUAGACUUAGCUGCAACUAAGAAUUUCUCCUACAACAACAAAGUUAAUGGUGAUGCUCUUGUGGAUUAUCGAAUAAAAGUGCACGCUAAGUAUUUAAGAAGCGGAGAAAACAAAUUUGUCUUGUCAAAGUUUGUACCACAACUACUGCCAUCAAGACAGCAAAACCAAUGGACAAAGAAAUGAUCCACAGUAUUUGUAAACGUAAACUUGAUUGGUCUUACUAAGGCUCGAGGCCUGUGACCUGGACUUCAACAUUGGGAAUUACUUAAUUUACAAAGAUGGGGGCAGCUUUGGAACCAGCAGACAUUGCCAUUGUGGUAUUGUACUUUGUGCUUGUGCUGUGCAUAGGUUUUUUUGCCAUGUGGAAACACAAUCGAAGCACUAUAAGUGGGUACUUCCUGGCAGGGCGAUCUAUGACUUGGGUAGCGAUCGGUGCUUCCUUGUUUGUGAGCAACAUCGGGAGUGAACACUUCAUUGGGCUUGCAGGAUCUGGAGCAGCAAGUGGAUUUGCAGUAGGAGCAUGGGAGUUCAACGCCUUAUUGCUUUUGCAGUUCUUAGGAUGGAUCUUCGUUCCUGUCUACAUAAGAUCUGGAGUAUACACCAUGCCAGAGUACUUGUUCAAACGUUUUGGAGGUCAUAGAAUUCAAGUAUACUUUGCAGUGUUGUCUCUGAUUCUAUAUAUUUUCACCAAACUUUCAGUAGAUUUGUAUUCAGGUGCAUUGUUUAUUCAAGAAUCGCUAGGCUGGAAUCUUUAUCUGUCAGUUAUACUGUUGAUUGGAAUGACUGCAUUGUUGACAGUGACUGGGGGUCUGGUUGCAGUUAUCUAUACAGAUACUGUUCAAGCUUUGCUUAUGAUUAUUGGUGCCCUCACACUUAUGAUCAUAAGUAUCACAGAAGUUGGCGGGUUUGAAGAAGUUAAGCGAAGGUACAUGUUAGCAUCACCAAAUAUUACAUCAAUCAUGCUGACAUACAACCUUUCGAAUACAAAUUCCUGUCAUGUUGACCCAAAGCCUGACUCACUGAAAAUGUUGCGUGAACCAACUGAUGAAGAUAUUCCUUGGCCUGGGUUCCUUUUGGGACAGACUCCAGCCUCUGUAUGGUACUGGUGCGCAGACCAAGUCAUUGUUCAGAGGGUUUUGGCAGCAAAAAAUAUUGCUCAUGCCAAAGGCUCUACCCUAAUGGCAGGUUUUCUAAAACUUUUGCCUAUGUUUAUUAUAGUUGUUCCAGGUAUGAUUUCACGAAUACUGUUUGCUGAUGACAUUGCAUGUAUCAAUCCAGAGCAUUGCAUGCAAGUUUGUGGAAGUCGGGCUGGGUGCUCUAACAUUGCCUAUCCACGUUUGGUUAUGAAACUUGUUCCUGUUGGCCUGCGAGGACUUAUGAUGGCUGUAAUGAUUGCUGCACUAAUGAGUGAUUUGGAUUCUAUAUUUAACAGUGCCAGCACCAUAUUCACGCUUGAUGUGUACAAACUCCUAAUACGCAGGAAUGCAUCCUCUAAAGAACUCAUGAUUGUAGGAAGAAUGUUUGUUGCUUUCAUGGUAGUUGUAAGCAUUGCUUGGGUCCCAAUAAUUGUGGAAAUGCAGGGAGGCCAAAUGUAUCUCUAUAUUCAAGAGGUUGCAGACUAUUUGACUCCACCCGUGGCUGCUCUGUUUCUUUUGGGCAUAUUUUGGAAGCGUUGCAAUGAGCAAGGUGCCUUCUACGGUGGAAUGGUUGGAUUUCUCCUCGGAGCUAUACGACUGAUACUGGCAUUUAUCUAUCGUGUUCCUGAAUGUAACCAACCUGAUACUCGGCCAAGCUUCAUCAAAAGUAUUCAUUACAUGUAUGUUGCCACUGCAUUGUUUUGGAUCACUGGAAUUGUGGCUAUAGUUGUAAGCCUUUUUACAUCACCACCUUCAAAGGAACAAAUCAGGACAACCACAUUCUGGUCUGUGAAAAACAGGACUGUAAAAGAAAGCACUUCAGCUGAAGAUUCACUCAAAGCACAAGAGAAGACCAUCUUAAAAUAUGAUGAGACACCUAAUCAUAUAUCUUCAAAUGGUAAAUCUGAAGAAAACGUUAAAAGUGAUCAACCUGAAAAUAUCAAUCUUUUAAUUACUUGCACAGAUGACGUCAAUCCAGUGAUCUCUAUAAGUAACUCUGAAGCUGAGACACCAGUAGAUUGCUAUUCUAAUGGACAAGCAGCUCUUAUGGGUGAAAAGAAGGUGGAGAAAGAGACUGACAGAAAUGACAAACACUGGAAGUUCAUAAAUUGGUUCUGUGGCUUUAAAACUAAAAUCAUGAACAAAAGAGGCAGCCAUGAUAAGGAAGAAGAGACUAUUUGUCUACAAAUGCUGGAAGAGACUCCAAAAGUUAAAUUUCUACUAAAUACUGGACUAGUCUGUGUGUGUUCACUUGGAAUAUUCAUGUUUGUUUAUUUCUCUUUGUGAGUGAAUGAGGAGUUUAAGGGUAUGGUCAAACAAAUACAAACUGAGAUAUUAGUCCCUGAAAAAAUAUUUAUAUAUCUAUAUUGUGUGCGUUUGUCUGUCUUACAUCUCAGGCAUCUUUUACGCUAUUAAUGUCAGCCAAAUUGUUUUUCAACCAAUAUGAAAAAGAUUAGAUUGAUAUCGUAACAUUUCUGCUAUAGUGCAGAAAGUUGAGGGAUUUAUAGUGCCAUUCUAAGCAGAGUUGCAGCCUUCCAAGUCCAUUCAAAUCAGUGGGCUCAGAAUGGUGUAACUCUGCUGAGAACAGCACUGUUAGUAGAGUACUAAAUGGUGGGUUUUAAGAUACCAAAGUAAAGACAUCUGUAGUUUUUGAAGGUGAAAUGUGAAAACAGUCCAAGGUUAAGCAUUCUUCAAACACCAGAUCUAAUAGUGUUUCCAACAAAUCAAGGUGUUCCACAUGAUCUUUACAUGAUCUUUUGUUAUUUCAGACAGUUUGAAGAUAUGUGUGGCAGAAUUCUAAUAUUGCUUCUCCUUUCUAGUUAAAAUCAAAUAUUUUAAAAUAGCAGUUCUUCUACUCUUGCUUAUUUAUAUUUGAUGUCCUAGUUGCAAUGAAUAGCAGCAUCUACACAUGGAUCUGGUUCAGAAAUCUGAUAUGACUGUACUCUGCUCCACGUAAAGAUGAUAGUAGAGGGUAUAUUUUCCACCACAGAAUAAAGCAUAUUGGACCUCCUUGUUGUAGAAUGCUCCAUCUGGGUGCUAGUUCCUCCCUAGUCCUGCUCCCCUCAUCCUUUUGAAAGUGAAAAUACAUUUUGGCAUAAAUGCUCUUGUAUCAAAAUACCCUGUUCAGUAAUGCACAAAAUAAUGGUUUUGACAAAGGUCAUGAAUAAAAAUGAAUGAUAAUUAUCAUAUUUUUCGGGACUAUAUUCUAAUGUGGAAACAUUCAACUUUCUCAACCACUGCACCUCAACUGACCGAAUUAUCAUCUUUCGGUGGAACAGAGUAUAGUCAUCAGAAUGCUGGUGACACCCCUUGCUGCAUCUCAUCAGAGUUAGGUGAACAAAGAAUGCUCUGAACAGGUGCUUGGAAAUGGUAACAGGCUAGGUGAAGAGCAGUAAAAUGUCUAGCUAUGACUGAGAUUAGUCUUGUUGAUAGCAGCCAGAUUGUUUGCUGGGGGAGGGAGACAUGACAGACUAGUGUGUGCCUGCUGGUGGCAAUCCAGGUCUCUUCUGCCUUUAAUCACCUUAAGUUAGUCUGCUAGCUGCUCCUUGGAACAGCAUGGUCGGGGCAACGUUAUUCAUGCUCUAAUCAUAUCCAGGUUAGAUUGCUAUAACUUUAUGUGGGGAUGCCUUUGAAGACUGGAAAAUUCACAUUGUUCAGAAUGCAUCAGUGAUGCUACUAUCUGGCCAUUCUUAAACAUCACUGGCUGUUAGAUUGUUUCAGGACACAAUUCAGAACAGUGAUUCUUUCCUUUGAAGUACUAAAAAGUGUGAGACAGGAGUAUUUUGAAGUCUGUGUAUUGCCCUAAGGACCUGCUGAUGUUUGUUUUGGAGCCCUAUAUUCUGUUUACCUCUUAUUUGGAUGGAUCAGAGGUUUUGAUAGUAUUGUGUUGUUUUAAAGAUGUGAGCAACUUGAGCAUUUAAUGGCAAAUAUUUUAAACUAACACUAAAGCCUAUUAUGCAAACAAAUACAUGGGCUGCAGAAAACUGUUGAGGAAGAAGAGAAGAAGAGUUUGGAUUUAUACUCCACCUUUAUCUCCUGUAAGGAGACUCAAGGUGGCUUACAAGCUCCUUUCCCUUCCUCUCCC